AUGCGCACUUCAUCCCUUGUCCCAGCCCUCCUCCUGGCAUCAAGUCUCGUAUAUGCCCACCGCCACGACGCUCGCUCUCGCAGCAGACACAUGCGUAGAGCCAAGAGGGAAGAGGUGGCUUCAAGCGGCCGCUGGUCGGUGUACGAAACAAGCACCUGGAUCGCGGACAAUGCAGCUGCCACUCCUACUACCCAGGCUUCCGAGACUGUGUGGGUGACAGAGUAUGUGUAUGAUGAUGACAUUGCUGGCGAAACGGCCUCGACCUCUGCCAGCUCCGUCAGCCAGACUGCCUCUUCGAGCGCUCUGGAAGCUGUUGCCCUCGCCGUUUCCGAUUCUUCUUCUCUUGCCGUGUCCGACUCUUCCCUCGCUGCCUCAGCAACCCAAACCAACUCUUCUGCCGCCUCUGCCUCGAUCACCGACGCCCCCACGGGCACCGUCUCGGGCGAUAUCGUCGAGCUCGCCGCCGUCUCUGCCACCACCUCUCUCGCCACUGCCCAGAUCCAAAACGAGCUCCUCGCUCUCGGCUAUACCAUCUCCUUUGAUGCCGAACUUUCUCUCGGGUUCACCGUCGAAGGACCUACCGCCACUUCUGGUGCCGCCACUGCGUCGGCCACUGCGACCACGUCCAGCGCUGCGACAGGAUCGAGCGGUACAACUGUGGGAGGGGAGAAGAAAGUGUUUGCGCACUUUAUGGUUGGAAUCGUCUCUACGUAUACGCAGAGUGACUGGUUGGCGGAUAUGCAGCUCGCAAAGGACGCUGGUAUCGAUGGCUUCGCGCUCAACAUUGGUGUCGACUCUUACUCUGAGGGCCAGCUUGACCUCGCCUAUGCUGCUUGCGAGACUCUCUCAGAAUUUAACGUCUUCAUCUCGUUUGAUUUCAACUGGUACACUCUCGCCAAUGUCACUGGUGUCGCCGACAUGCUCAAGCGCUUCAAAGACUCUUCAGCACAGUACCGAGUCGACGGCAAGCCUUUCGUCUCGUCCUUUAUCGGUGAUGGAUUCGAUUGGUCUUCUACCGCUUCUCAGGUUGGGGAAGAGCUCUAUGCUGUGCCAUUCUUCCAGGCUACGGAGGACAAUGCCAAUGACGCUGGUGUAUCCGGUCUCUUCUCUUGGGCUGCCUGGCCAGGACAGCUCGACAAUGUCCCCGUCAACGAGGAUAUGUCCACCUCUCGCGACAUUGAAUACCUCGACCUCCUCGAAGCCUCCAACAAGACCUAUAUGAUGCCGGUCAGCAGCUGGUUCUCGACCCACUUUGGCAAGGAGGUAUCUUAUUCCAAGAAUUGGGUGUUCAAGGGCGAGAGUCUUUGGAAGGACCGAUGGGAGCAGGUUCUGGCGAUUGGCAACCGAGUCAAUUUCGUUGAAAUUGUCACUUGGAAUGACUAUGGAGAGUCUCACCACAUCGGCCCCUUCAACACUCCCCACACCGACGACUCUUCUUCCCUCUGGGCAUCCGGCCUUGACCACACCGCUAUGAUGGACUUUGCCAUUCCAUACAUCAAAGCCUUCAAGGCUGGCAAAUCGGAGCCCGUCAUCGAACAAGAGAUGCUCGUCUACUGGCACCGUCCCCACCUCAAGUCGGCAUCUUGCGACGAUACAGACAAUUGUCUCGGCAGACCUACUGGCUGGGACUAUCUCGAGGAUACUGUCUUUGUGUCUACCAUGACUCAGUGGGGCGGGGUUAUCAAGGUGACCUCUGGAAACAGUCUGCCGGUGAUCCGAUAUGUCGAGCAGGGAGUGCAGAUGGUGGAAGUACCGAUGGGGGUUGGAGCCCAAAGCUUUGAGUUUGUCUCUUUCAAGGGUGGCUUUGGUAGGACCACCAGUAACGUCACAGUCACUGACGAGUGUUGGAAUGGGAUUUACAAUUACAAUUAUAACGCUGGCUCCAUCAAGCUCUGA